AUGGCGGGUUACAACUUCGAUAAUCCGUAUAAUACUGGCUAUGGAGCUCAGGGUGGUACAGACGGAGGUGGUUUCAUGCAAGGAGAAGUCACAAGCAGUCCUGCAGGCGGAAAAGGUGAUUAUGGAAAAGAUACCGUGCGACCACUCACGAUCAAGCAAAUCUUGGAUGCAGAAGAGCCAUAUCCGGAAGCCGGUCAUCAAGUCGACGGAGUCAUUAUCAGUCACAUCACCUUUGUGGGACAAAUUCGCAACAUCAGCACACAAACCACCAAUAUCACUUACAAGGUCGACGAUGGGACUGGUGUCAUCGAGGUCAAGCAAUGGAAUGAUCCUGAUAUGUCGAUGGCCGAACCAAUGGGCAAUGACAACGAUUCGAAGUCUAAACUAGUCGAAGACGGCUAUUGCAGGGUAUGGGGUAAACUGAAGGUCUUCAAUAAUAAGAAGCACGUCGGCGCACACGUGGUUCGACCUGUUACGGAUUACAACGAGAUCAAUUACCAUUUGCUUGACGCAACGGCAAUACAUCUAUUUUUCACCAGGGGACCAGUCGACGCAGGGAAGGGUCAGAAUGGCAUGAGAAUGAAUGAAGGUGCACCCGGAGCACCACCACAACAAAUGUCAAAUGGUCAAGCACUACCAUCAAUGAGUCCUGGAGCAAGGAAGCUGCUCCAGACGUUGAAAGCUACUCCUCAGAGCAAUGAGGGCUUACACGUGCAAAUGCUGGCGGGCCAGAUGGGAACAAACACCAACGAAGUGCAGAGGGCGGCGGAAGAGCUCAUCAGUCUUGGUUUGAUCUUCACAACGGUCGACGAAUAUACAUGGGCUCUGCUCGAGUGUUAG